CCAGGAGACCUAGGUUCUAGAACCAGCUCUUUCACUUAGUUCUAUGAUCUUCAGCUUCAGAAUCCUCCUUUAAACCAAAAAGCUGAGAACUAAAUCAGUGCUUCCAACGUGUGUUCUCUGGAAACUUAGUCUCAUCAGAUGCCAUAAGAAAAUUCUCAAAUAACUAAGUUUGCAAGCAAUAUAUAUUUGACAUCCCCUUGGGUUCACACAUAUGAAGGAGAAACCCUGUUCUGCCUAACUUGUUAUGCCCUCUCAGAAUGUUAUACUUUCCCAAAGAGGGAACAUGGAAGAGAAGGAAAUGAAUGAUGAAUCACAGAUAGUCAGGUCUCAGGAAUCACUGACGUUCCAGGAUGUGGCUGUGGACUUCACACGAGAGGAGUGGGACCAGCUCUACCCUGCUCAGAAGAAUCUUUACCGAGAUGUGAUGCUGGAGAACUACAGGAAUCUGGUCGCACUGGGGCAUCAACUUUAUAAGCCAGAGGUGAUCUCUCAGUUGGAGCAGGAGGAGCAAUGGAUGAUGGAAAGAGGCAGCUCAGGGGACAUUCGUGCAGGUGGAGAGAAUAGACCUGAUAUCAGAAAAUCAAUUCCAAACCAGAAUAUUUCUGAUGAAAAUCAAAACCAUGACAUGAUAAUGGAGAGACUAACAGGAGACAGUUUCUGGUACUCCAUCUUAGGAGGACUCUGGGAUUUUGAUUACCAAUUAGAGUUUAACCAAGAAAAUCAGCAGAGACAUUUAGCACAAGUAUCUUUCACCCACAAAAAGAUCACACAGGAGAGAAGCCUUGACUGUAAUAGAUUUGGAGAAAACUAUAAUGUAAACUCAAACCUUAUUAUGCAUCAGAGAAUUCCUUCAAUUAAAAUACCCCUUAAUUCUGACACACAAGGAAAUAGCAUCAAACAUAAUUCAGACUUGAUUUACUGUCAGGGAGACUAUGUAAGAAAGAAUCCUUAUGAAUAUAAUGAAUGUGGAAAAAUCUUCAAUCAACAUAUUCUUCUUACUAAUCAUAUUCAUACUGAAGAGAAACCCAGUGAAUGUGGGAAAGCCUUCAGCCACAACUCAUCUCUUACUCAACCUCAGAUAGUCCUUACAGGAGAGAAGCCCUAUAAGUGUGAUGAAUGUGGGAAAAGAUUCAGCCAGAGGAUUCAUCUUAUUCAACAUCAGCGAAUUCACACAGGAGAAAAACCUUUUAUAUGCAAUGAAUGUGGGAAAGCCUUCCGUCAACAUUCAUCCUUUACUCAACAUCUGAGAAUUCAUACUGGAGAGAAGCCCUACAAAUGUAAUCAAUGUGGUAAAGCCUUUAGCCGUAUCACAUCCCUUACUGAACAUCAUAGACUUCAUACCGGAGAGAAACCUUAUGAAUGUAGUUUUUGUGGGAAAGCCUUCAGCCAGAGGACACAUCUUAAUCAGCAUGAGAGAACUCAUACAGGAGAGAAACCCUAUAAAUGUAAUGAAUGUGAGAAAGCCUUCAGCCAGAGUGCACAUCUUAAUCAACAUAGGAAGAUCCAUACUCGGGAGAAAUUGUGUGAAUAUAAUAAAUGGGCUAAGAAUCCCUACACUUCCCUACACAACUGUGAAAGACAAGAAGUAGAAGACUAUACCAGAUGUUGAGCUGUGGUGCCAUGAUGAAGCUGAGAACCAGGGAAGAGCCUUACUGGCUUAUAUAAAUAACUAAGGAGGUACUAAUAAAUUGGCCUAAAAAUUCAUUUUAUUUAUAUAAAUUUAUUUAUGUAACGCCUUUUUCCAAAAAGAAUUUAAAGUAGUUAAAUUUUUUUUAUGAAUACAGUCCUGUGUAACAGAUAAUCACAUUUUGAUGUUAAAAAGCAUUAUAAAUGUAAACUGUCAUAAGCCACAAAUAAAUACAUUUUGGGGCUGCUUCA